AUGACACUUGACGUACAGUCCACACUGACUAGGGAAAAUUGUAAAUGGACAUUCAUCACACCUAGGGCACCCCAUCAAGGAGGCUUCUAUGAGAGGAUGGUUGGCAGUGUCAAAUCAGCACUAAAGAAAGCUAUAUUCAAGGGGGCAAAAAAGAAGAGGAUUAAUUCUGACGAACUGAAUACCAUUGUCACUGAGAUAGAGCGUCGUAUUAACAAUAGACCUCUUACAUAUGUGGAUGCUACAUCUCCAGAUACCGUCGAUGCCCUUACCCUUUCUCACCUGUUGUAUGGCUACCGGUUAAACUCGUUACCCACUACCAUAGACCGGGACUACAUGAAUGACCCAGAUUUUGAGCUUGACCACAAACAAUGUAAUGAGAGAUUCAAGUUUGUAUCUCAGGUAAUGCAUGCAUUCCAAGAACAGUGGGAGAAGGAAUACUUGCAGUCCCUGAGAGAUAGACACUAUUUCAACGGGGAUCCAACCCAACCGUUCCAAACCAAGAUUAAAGUAGAUGUGGUGUUAGUACAUAAUGACACCCCUCAUUGCAUGUGGAAAUUGGCAAGGGUCAUUCAGCUGAUGCCCAGCUCUGAUGGACUGGUCAGAGUUGUGAAGCUACAGACCAGCAAUGGAGAGACAACUAGGUCAGUUGACAAACUUUACCCGCUGGAGGUCUCUAAGCCAGAGGAUAUGUAUACUGUAGAAGCUGCGGAGAAAAAAUUAAAAAUUAGGAGACAGUCAAAAUUCUGA